AUGGAGUUUCUUGGGACCACUCAGACUGCCAGCUACUGCGGCACAAGGAGGAGCUGCCUGUUCCCCGACCCAGCUCCCACCAGCACCACCAAGGACAGUUACCAGUCCUACUACCUCCCUGGCUACCGCUACCUCAAUUCGUGGAGGCCCAGCCUGUUUUACAAAGUGUCUUCAGUUCCUCCCAACCCUGUUGAUCAGCUUAAUCCUGCGAGGCGGCCACCCACUGUGCUGCCAUCACUGCGAUCUGCCCUGCACACCCGCUACAGCCCUCAUGACUGGCACCAAGCAAACCUGGUGCAGUUAAAAGGGUCUGAAGCCUCCCGGCACUGGGCUGGUAAACUGAACAUGGAUUCGAUGCGACUGAUGCAAGACAAGGACCAGUUGACCUACCAGAUGCAAGAAGAAAGCAGAAGAAACCUAGGAGAGAGGCUCUCCAACCUUGAUUUCUGGAGAUCUGAGCUGGUCUACGAGCAGGAGUGUCUGCUGACAGAGAACCAUGCCUUGGAGACAGCAAAAAAGCGACUCGAAUGUGCUGCAGAUGAAGUACAAGGACCACUGAAGACAGCCCUAGAGUGCCUGUACAACCGUGAGAAGCGGAUGGGUAUAGACUUAGUUCAUGAUGAUGUGGAAAAGAGCCUCAUAAAGGAGGUUGAUCUACUCAAAGACUGGCAAGCAAGAAUGAGAAGACUUGCAGAAAGAAUCAGUCAACAGUUGGGUAUCAACAGAGAUGUACAGCAUGCCCUGGAGCAAGAUAUUUCUGACAAAAACUCAGCCCAUUUUAUUGAUGAGAAGUGUUUUAACCUGAGAAACACAUCAGACAGCAUCAGCUUUUACCACGGAGUGGAGAAAAUAGAUGGAACUGUUUCAGUUCCUGAAACAUGGGCUAAAUUUACUGAAGACAAUAUCAAGUCCUCUCAGCACGCAAGGGCCAACUCUGUCAGGCUCCGGAAUGAGACAGAGGUUGCACUGGAGAAUGCAUCUGAGGAGAUGUGGAGUCAUUUCACGAGUACUAACUUGGCUUUUAAUAAUCGCAUUUCCGAAGUAGCUGAUGCAAAGAAUAAACUUCAAGCACAACUGGCCAAGAUACUUCAAGAAAUCUUCCAGACAGAAAAUACAAUCACGUUAUUGGAGAGAUCUAUAAUGGCAAAGGAGUGCCCACUGAAAGUGGCUCAGACCCGCCUGGAGGGAAGAACUAAACGACCCAAUAUAGAACUUUGCCAUGAUGCACCUCAGUUUCAGCUUGUCAAUGAAGUUUUUACUAUAGAUGACACCUUACAGACCUUAAAGCAACGGCUGCGAGAGGCUCAUGAUACUCUGCAGAUGUUGGUUCUCAACAAAUCAAAGCUAGAACAUGAACUUUCUGUGAAGACAAACUCCUUCAUCGUUGAUAAGAUGUGUAUGGACAUGCGCAAAAUCUUCCCCAGCACCCCACGGCUAGUUGGCUAUACUUGA